AUGCUCCUCCGCACCCUUGUCGCUGCCCUACUGCCCGUCCAAGCUCUUGGAUUGGUGGUCUCUCGAGACAGCAACCAGUGGCAGGCACCCGGGCCGAACGAUCGCCGCAGCCCCUGCCCCUUUCUCAACACGGCUUCCAACCACGGCUUCCUUCCGCGCGAUGGCUUCAACGUGUCGCACCAGCAAAUCUUUGACGGCUUCAAGGCCGCCCUCAACUUUGAGUCGUCGGCCCUGCUCGCGGCCGUCACCCUGGGGCAGACGACGUCGACGACGGGACACCCGAGCACCUUUCACAUGGACGACCUCAACGUGCACAACCUCUUUGAGCACGACGCCAGCCUAAGCCGCAACGAUUCAUACUUUGGCCCCGCCAUCAAGCUCGAACAGUCCAUCUGGGCCCAGACGCUCACGCACUUCCCGGACCCCUAUAUCUCGCUGUCGCAGGCCAAGGCGGCACUGGAGGCCCGCAUCGCCGAGUCCAAGGCCACCAACCCGGAGCACGUCUUUGGCGCGCUUGCGCAGGCCGUCGUGGACAUCGAGACGGCCGUUUAUACGUUUGGCACCGGUGGGGGUGUCAACGGCGGCGCGAACCGCGAGUGGUUGAAGGUUAUUUUUCGUGAGUUUUUGCCCCUCUGGUGGACAGCGGUGGUGUUGUUGAUGAUUGCUAAUGGCUUGCUUGUCUUGACGACAGAGGAGGAGCGGUUCCCGUACGAGCUUGGUUUCCACAGGUUCGAGCAGGUGACCACGGGAGAGAUGGUGGAUCAGUUUAUUGCGAACAUCAAGGCCGCGCCGCCAGUCCAGCAGUGA